AUGUGUUCAACUAAGAUAGCCGACUUGUUGCCGGCUGUAGUGACUUGGGCACUCUUAUUGAGUGUGACUGCGGCUUACUUUGCAUUUGUGUGUUAUUAUUUUGCGGCGACGUACUCCUGGUUCAUUUUCGCGCUGCAUCUGAUUUUGACAGUCUAUGUACUAUGUUUUCUGGUCCGAUGCACUUUCAUGGAUCCCGGAUUUAUUGCAUUUGGUAUACCACCGGUUUUAUCGCCUUCAUUCCCACUGUUAGCCACUUUUGAAGAAGCAGACUACGAAGAAUCUAAAUCAGCGCCCAUCAACAGAGAACACACCAUAAAUGGUAUCCUGACCCGAGUGAAAUGGUGUAACACCUGUCUUUUCUACCGCCCUCCUCGAUGUUCUCACUGUUCUAUAUGCAAUCGGUGUGUUGAUUGUUUCGAUCAUCAUUGUCCCUGGUUGAAUAACUGCGUCGGGCGGAGGAAUUAUCGUUACUUCUUCCUGUUUCUUCUAACUCUUUCCAUUCAUAUGGUGGCCGUAUUUGUCGUGACGUUACUGUUCUUGUUGGAGAGCGAAUUCCCACUGGUGUACUAUUCGAAUAUCAUAUGUAUUAUCAUUCUAGUUCUCACUGGAUUGUGUUUCUUUCCGGUCGUUGGUCUUCUUGGAUUCCACAUGUUUCUCAUCUCCCGCGGAGUUACAACAAACGAACAGGUAACAGAUAAAUUCCGGGCUCACAUUAAUCCCUUCAACUCUGGGUGCCCGGCGAACUGGAAGCAAUUUUGCUGUGCACCCCAGUUCCCCCGGUUGCUCAAUCCAAAUGCGCCGCGGAAAAGAAGGAAAAAGUUGUGGCUGAAAAACCAUACCGACCCCACUGGUGGACGAAGUUUUGUUGAAGAUGCACACUCCAAGCUGUUAAACGAGACAUCCGGACGAUCCUUCAAGCAAAACGCGAAUUCACAUGCCAAUUUCUCAGCAGACCACCGUGAGAUUCCGGUCGUUGCUUCUAGCCAAUCAGCCGUCAGGAAAGCCGAUGAACUCUCGCUCCAGCCAUCCCACAUAUACACUGCACACAAAAAUACCGGCCAAAGUCUAUUUGGACAUUUGGAACCGAGAGGUCCCCUAAUCGAUGACUUCCGUGUCUCGCUAUUGCCUGAUCGUCGUCCUGUACCCCCUUCGCAACCUACAAACAAUACCGCUAUAGCUGUGGAGGUUCAUGCGGGUUCACCGUCUUCCGAAAUCAAAGCCCUUUCCACAAUUCCCACAACUGGUUCUUCAUCUACUCACACAACUACCCUUGGUCCUAUCACUUCACGAGCUGCAGCCGGUGACGCUGGAAGCAUCAGUUUGUCCGGUUGGAGCGAAGAUGCUGCAUCUUUGAAGACACUAGAUCGUCUGAUUGGGAUGACUCGACACCCGACUGCCACGGCCAACAGCAGCGUUGGUGUUAUUGGCGGCGGUGCGGGGGCUGCGAUAGCUCCGUGCAUCCGAGAGAAUGGUGAAUUGCCCAACACUUUGGGUCUUGGGACUGGUGGAUCUGGUGACCGUAACUCCCACAACGCAUCGGUCAACGGAUAUCCAGAUGGCGUUUCAGCUCGUGCUGUGGAUUCCAUCAGCCAGCAAUUUCAACAACAGCAACAAUAUCAAAACGCAACACAUGAAACCCGGCCCCCACCUUUGGAGAACGAUUCUUACUGCAAUUUUUACGAGCCCGAAUCAUCUGGAACCAGGGUUGUGAACUUCACUCAUAUGAACGGGCCAUUUGGUCCCGUGUCGGAUGAUGUUGCCCUUCCGGUCCAGCGAUCUGCACCAGAUUCUAACGCCAGUCCACAUCGUGCCUCCAUCCCCAGUUCAUUACCAAGUAGUACCGCAACAGCAUCUCAAAAUGGAUUUGGCAGUGCCCGGAGACCAGGACCGAUUGCUUCGCGACCGCCGAUUUGGUCGGCCACUGUUAGCCGACUACCCAUCCACACCAGUUUGCCUGGUGAUCGUGGCCUCCAUGGUGAUUCGGCCUCCCUAUGUGCACCCCAAGCCACUCCCGUUCAUUCACCAACCACGGAUUCGAUCGCGGAGUCAGAUCUGGGCCGCUUCGGAUUUGGCUUUCCAACGGCGGAACUCACCGCUCCACGUGCGUCGCAGGAAACUCUGAGUACAGCUGCUUCGCAAACUUCUGUCUUCCAUGCCUCCUUGUCCACACCGGGUGGUUUCCGAAUUCAGUCUCCUGUGAAUUCCGAGGGCGUCUCCUUGUCGGCCAGUGUGGAUUCGAGAGACCCUUGUUUCAGCUCCUCUCUGGGACCCACCGGGACUAUGUUGCCUCCGAGAGAUAACGAUUUUCAAAAUGCUAUCCCUCCCUGCUGUCUGUACUAUGGACAGUGCGAAACGACUCAGUGGUUAGAGCGCGAACUUACUGACCGGAAGGUCCAUGGUUCGAACCCGACCUCUGCCUCUCGACUUCCACUGUCUAGGCUUAGGCAACCUGACAGUAUCCCAGCCCAUGUGCUUCCUUCGGGUGACAUGGCAGCUAGGCACCGAAAAGGUGCUACAGCUGGGCGAUUUUUAUUUAUAUAUAAGGAAUGGGAAAGGUUGGAUCAGGAACUUCCGUUCAUGGAGGUAUCUUUGGUCACAGUCCCAAUAACCAGAGGCUCCAAUGUAUCACCAGCAGAGAGAGGGUCUUUAAACACAUUCAACCAAAUGGCUAUUAUCGUAAUCGCGAAGACGGAUAAGGCUAAAACCACCCUACUGAUGAAUGAGGGAGACUAUUUACGGAAGCUUGGGUGUGUUUACUGGUGGUUGAUCAGAUGGCAGUUGAUCUGUUCACCGAGCUUGGAAAUUGGUUUGCAAACGUUUCGUCCCCGGUCAAGGGGAUAUCGUCAGUACGCAGUUGAAUGGAUGAUGUUGAAUACGGCUUACAUUAGAAGAUCAUUCCAGAAGGAAACACAUGGUGUUAAAUACUGGUGCACUUUAAGAGUCGCUUCCCGAGACUGUAUAUACAAAAUGAAAUUGAACGACUGCACGAAGGUUCAGCAAGUUGUCCACCAGAAUCGACCACCAAGAAACGCGAAUGAAUAUCAGGUGAUUUUAAAUACUCUGAAACGGCGAAAGAUUCAAUGGACACGUAACAGACAUGGAAAGUGUGGAAGUUUUGAAAUGAGGACAAAUAUUCACGCCACAGCGAGUGGCGGCUGUGAAAAUCCUCAACCAUCCCAGAGUGAAUGGAAUAGAGGGCGUCGUACUGACAGAUCAAUAAAAAAUGACAAUCGUUCAGCCGUAACACCUUUAAGGUACCUAGCUGCCAUGCCACCCGAAGGAAGCACGCGGGUCGGGAUAUUGCCAGGUUGUCUAAACCUAGACAGGAGGAGUUGA